UCGGAUUGCUCGGAAGCAAGUGUGCUGUUGCUCGUGUUCUUUCCGGCCAUAGAGCAGAGGUUCCGAGCGACGAAGCACAAGGUCUAAGAAGAGGAGUAAGACGCCAGAUUCAUUCUUCGGCCGGAGUUGAGCAACUUCCUUCUGAACGCCCGUUGUCGGGAGAUCUAGCAGAGGUCGGGAACCAUGUCGUGGCAAUCGUAUGUGGACGAUCACCUGAUGCUCGAAAUCGAACCCGGCCGCAGGCUGGUAGGCGCGGCCAUCAUCGGGCAGGAUGGCAACGUCUGGGCGCAGAGCGCUGAAUUUCCCGAGCUGAAGGACAAUGAGAUCGACAACGUCGUGAAAGGAAUGGUGGAUAAUGGUCAGCUUGCACAGGCUGGUUUGUAUUUGGGAGGACUCAAGUACAUGGUCAUUCAGGGUGAAGCUGGUCAGGUCAUUCGAGGAAAGAGGCAACAAACUGGAGUGACCAUCAAGCGGACAAACAGCGCUUUGGUGAUUGGUAUAUACAAGGAACCAACGAAAGGUCCAGAAUGCAACGUUAUUGUGGAGAGGAUGGGUGACUACCUGAUUGAACAGGGAAUAUGAGAAACAGUUGUUUACAACUGCUAUUUUUUAUCCCAGACUGUAGGGUACUCUGUGAUCCAUAUGAACUCGCCCUCUCUCAGUACGGGAAGGAGGUUUAUUCGCGGGUUGGAUGUAGAAUUUAUGAAUCGGUUGUUUUAGAUUCCGUUUGAAGAGUCCUUUACAGGUCCGACAGAUGGGACAUGAAAAGAAAGAAUACAUAUAUAUCUAUACACAUGAUCUGCAUGGUUGGGUGUACAGGAUCGCUUAGUGGUUCUUGGUCUGGUGAGAAAUCUGCAUGCUGGUCGAGCAGACGUCGCAUCCUUAGGGGAGUUGAAAACGGGUUUGGAUGGAUGUAGCGGACUUUCUUCGUGCUCUGUUAUCUGGCGUGUAGAGCAUGGGUUCACGUUUUCGAAGUAUUGAGCAUGUCCGCUCUGUAAUGUUUCUCUCAUUAUUUUAGUGGAUCUGGAAAUCCGAAGUUUAACCUCGUAACAGGGACUUGUCACAAAUUCGAAGCUACUGUUCUUCACUUUAUUUGUCAGAUGAAUUUCCGUUUAUUUCCCUAGGCCCCGUAUUCACCAGUGCACUAAUUUGAAUCGUCUGCAAGUGAAGCAUCAGGCUAGGAGCAUAUUCAAAUUCUGGGAUAUGUAUUUUUUUAUACUUAUGUGACAGUAC